GUAAACAUUAAAACAUUUAACGCUGCGUCACAAAGUUUGAGUUAGUUCCUGAUAUAAGAGCCAAGAGUCUGGAUCAUUCAGCGCGAUCACCGUGAAGAUUUUACACGGAGUCUGGUUCCCUCGGAGCGGUCUGCAGCGAAGAUUUUUUUUCCCCGGAGUCUGGUUCACUGAAAGCAGUCGGCAGCGACAGUUUUACCCGGAGUCUGGUUCAGCAUGUCGGUGACCAUCAAGGCCUACCUGCUGGGGAAGGAUGAGUCGGUGAAGGAGAUCCGCAGGUUCACGGUGGACCAGGACGUCUCCAGCAGCUUCGAGUACCUGAUCAAGAAAACCACUUCGGUGUUCAGCAACCUGAACAACUCCAACUUCUCCCUCUUCUACCGAGAUGAAGAUGGGGACCUGGUGGCCUUCUCUUCGGAUGAUGAGCUGAUGAUGGGCCUGGCCUGCAUGAAGGAUGCCACGUUUCGUCUCUUCAUAAAAGAGAAGAAGGAGCAUCGUCGGGACUUCCCCCUUCAUGCCUUCCCCCCCUUCUCCUUCUGCCCUCCUCCACCUCCCCCUGGAGCUCACCACCCUCCUCCUGGAGCUCCUCAUGCCCCGCCUCCUCACCUGACCCCGCCCCCGGCCAUGCAUCCUAAUGUCACCUGCGAUGGCUGCGAGGGUCCGGUUGUGGGGACUCGCUUCAAGUGCUCGGUGUGUCCCAACUUCGACCUGUGCUCUGCUUGUCAGGCUCGCGGGAUGCACACUGAGCACGUUCUGCUCCCCAUCUGGCACCCACUGCAGUGGGCUCCUCGGGGAAAGUGGAUGAAGAGGAUGAGACACUGCAUGUGGAACCAGGCCAGGAACCUGGCCCAGAUGCAGGAAGAGAACCAGGAGCAGGCCGAGCCCUCCAGCUCUGCGGCCGAUGGCGGCGCCCCCUCUGCCUCUCAGGCCAACGUGGACUUCCUGAAGAACAUCGGAGAGGGUGUGGCAGCCAUGUUGAGCCCACUGGGUAUCGAUGUGGAUAUCGAUGUGGAGCACCAGGGUCAAAGGACCAAAGUGACCUCACCCACCCAGGGGGAUGUAGAGAUGGAUGCCGCCAGUAAUGAUGGCGAGGUGAGCCAGGGGCCCAAGGCGGGUGGAGAAUGUGAUGAGGAGUGGACUCACCUGAGCUCCAAGGAGGUGGACCCCUCCACUGGUGAGCUGCAGUCCCUGCAGCCGGAGAACCAAGACCAGGGUCCAUCAGGGGCCCAGCAGGGUCCAUCAGGGGCCCAGCAGGGUCCAUCGGGGGCCCAGCAGGGUCCUUCAGGGCCUCAGCAGAGUCCUCCAGGGGCAAAGCUGGGUUCUCUGGGGAGUCAGCAGGGUCCUCCGGGGCCACAGCCGAGUCCUUCAGGCACUCAGAUGGGGUCCACAGGUCUGAGGGAGGCGGCUCUUUACCCCCACCUGCCUCAAGAGGCCGACCCCCGCCUGGUGGAGUCGCUGGCUCUCAUGCUGUCGAUGGGUUUCACCGAUGAAGGCGGCUGGCUCACUCGACUCCUUCAGGCCAAGAACUUCGACAUCGGAGCCGCUCUGGACGCCAUCCAGUACGCCAAGCAGCCCCGCCCCCAAGCCUGAUUACAUCAUCCUCAUCCUCUACAUUAAAGCUGGAGAUGGUUUCUGAUCUUUAUUCCUGUAUUCUUUUCACUGUUGAUCAACACUGACAUGUAACGUCACCUUUCUACUGUUUUCUCAACUUUAUUAAUCACUGGCAUGUUUCAUGUAAUUGGAACAAUAAAUACAAUUUAAAAAGAAA